AUGUACGAAGGGAUUGACAACCUGAAAUCCCUUUGCGACCGUGCCGGGAAGGCUUUCUCCGGCGGUCCUUCUGCGGCACAGGAUGUGCCGCGUCGUACUGCUCAACCAGACCCAGUACGUCGAUCAUCAGUUGGGAGCGGGGCUCCCAAGAAUCCCAGGACGGGGGAUAGCCGCGCCAUCGGACGAGAUAACUCGUCCGACGUCCGUUCACGUCGCGGUGGUUCAACAGCUGCUCAACUAGAUAGCGCUGGCCACCGCGAGAGUCCUCUAAUGGAGGUGGAGGAGGAGAAAAGACGCUCUCCACGCGAUCAUGGGGAUCGGUGUGUUCCUGAGAGCUUCUUUGAUCGCGUAACGCAAGGGUUACGCGACGAUCUCGAACAUGAGCGGAAUAGGCGUCUCCAAAUGGCGGACACUGCCUCGAAGCAUCGAGCUGAGUUUGCCUUUGCUCAGCUCGAGAACGAGAGAUCUCUGACAUCUCUUCGUGACGAGCUAAGGGUAGCUCGUGGGAUUGUUGAUCGGUCUCGGGCUGAGAUAACUGCUCUUCAGACCCUUGUUGAUGCCCACCAUCGGGAGCACAAGGCUCUCUGCGAGAUGCUUGAGCGCAAGGGCGUUCUUCAUCGGAAGAAGCAGCGUACUGAUGGUACGGCUUAA